GUGACGCAUAUUUUCUGGACAAGUACUAAAUAAGCCCAUAACUUCCAAACAAACUGAAUAAUAACAUGGACAAACACACUAUAUCAGUGAUAAGUUGACAGACGGACAGAAAACAUAAAGGAAGGAACCUGUGAGAUGCUGCUCUACCACAGUCUUUAGAGUCGAGUCACACCUGGCAGAGCCAAGCUCAGAAGCUGCUGUCUGUAGUAGAGGCUUUUACUGUGAAGGAGCUGCAGGAAGUGCUGACCGUGUAUAAAUCCCAGCAGAUCAGCAAAUGUGAGAAGAAAAGAAAAGCAGCUGAUUAGUGUUUGUGCAGCAGGAGAGUUGAAGCCAGAGAAACCACACUGAUGCUGAGUCCAGACAGAGCAAGAGAAAGAGAAGAGUCGUGUUCCUGUGGAGGAGCUGCCGUCUUGCUGUGCUGUGUGUCAGGAGGUUCUGAAGGAUCCAGUCUCUAGCAGCUGUGGACACUGGUUCUGCAAACAGUGCAUCACCUCAUACUGGGACCAGUCUGGACCAUCAGGAGACUCUUCCUGUCCUCAGUGUGUGAAACAAUCCAGGACCAGAACUGGACUGCAGACGGGCCGUCAGACUAGCACCGUUCAAAGUGAGACUGAAAAUGUGUCUGAUGAUGUCAUGGUUUCGACCGACUGACUUCAUAUUUCAUAAUUCUGACAUUUAUUCUGACAAAAACAGAACAAGUGGGUUUCUGUUGUUUCUUCUUCUUUCAGCAGAUGCUGCUUUGCAGGAGGCUUUAGAUGAACACAAGCUCAGUCUGAGGAGCAGAUGUGAACGUGUGACUGAAGGAGGUGAAACAGGAAGUGGAGUCCUCCUCACCAGCAUCUACACUGAGCUCUACAUCACAGAGGGACAGAGUGAAGAGGUGAACACCCAACAUGAGGUGAGGCAGCUGGAGACAGCUUCCAAGAAGAAGACCCUCCAGGAGGCUGCCAUCAAGGUCCACCACAUCUUUAAAGCCUCCUCUGACCCACACAGACCCAUCAGACUGGUUCUGACCAACGGCGUCGCUGGCGUUGGAAAAACCUUCUCGGUGCAGAAGUUCACUCUGGACUGGGCCGAGGGCCGGGAAAACCCAGACCUCAGUGUUGUGGUUCUGCUGUCGUUCAGGGAGCUGAACCUGAUCAGAGAUCAGCGGCACAGUCUUCUCACACUGCUCCAUGUUUUCCAUCCAAAGCUCCAGAAGGUCCCAGCAGAGCAGCUCGCUGUCCUGAAGCUUCUGUUCAUCUUUGACGGCCUGGAUGAAAGCAGACUCUCACUGGACUUCAGCCGCAAGAAGGUUGUGUCUGACGUCACACACAGGUCAUCGAUCAACGUGCUGCUGACCAACCUCAUCCAGGGGAACCUGCUUCCCUCGGCUCUGGUCUGGAUCACUUCCCGACCUGCAGCGACCCAUCAGAUCCCUCCUACAUGUGUGGACAGGGUCACAGAAGUACGAGGCUUCACCGACGCCCAGAAGGACGAGUACUUCAGGAGGAGAUCCAGCCACGAGCAGCUGUCCAGCAGAAUCAUCUCACACGUCAAGACGUCCAGGAGCCUCCACAUCAUGUGUCAGAUCCCAGUGUUCUGCUGGAUCACUGCUACGGUUCUGGAGCACAUGUUGACUACAGAGCAGAGAGGAGAGCUGCCCAAGACCCUGACAGACCUGUACUCACACUUCCUGCUGGUCCUGACCCAGAGGAAGAGGAACAAGUACCAUGAGGGACAUGAGACCAGUCCACAGGAGCUGACGGAGGCUGACAGGGAAGUUCUCCUGAAGCUGGGGAGGCUGGCGCUCAAACAUCUGGAGGAAGGAACCAUCAUGUUCUACCAAGAAGACCUGGAGCAGUGUGGUCUAGACGUCACAGAGGCCUUGGUUCACUCAGGAGUCUGUACAGAGAUCUUCAGGAGAGAGAGUGUGAUCUUCCACAAAACAGUCUACUGCUUUGUUCAUCUGAGCAUUCAGGAGUUUCUGGCUGCUGUUUACUUGAUGCACUGUUGCACCAACGGGAAGAGGGAGGAACUGGAGAACUUCCAAGAAGAAGAAGAAGAAGGAGAAGAAGAAUCCAAAAACAGAGGAUCAAUCUUUACAAAGAUCAAACAGUUGUUUGUAUGUAAAACAAAUCACAUUUCAAAACAAACAACAACAACAAUCAAAUCAAAACACAGUGAUGAGCUUCAUCCUAAAACUCCCUCAUCUCUGGAUGAGUUCUUGUGUAGAACCAUGUUUAAAUCCCUCCAGAGUCCAAGUGGCCACCUGGACCUGUUUGUUCGCUUCCUUCAUGGCCUCUGUCUGGAGUCCAACCAGAGAAUCUUAGGAGGUUUGCUGGGUCACACAGAGACCAGUCUAGGAACCAUCCAGACAAUCAUCAACAACCUGAAGGAGAUGAACAGUUUUAAAAUCUCUCCAGACAGAAGCAUCAACAUCUUCCACUGUCUGAUGGAGAUGAACGACCACUCAGUCCAUCAGCAGAUCCAAGAGUUCCUGAAGUCAAAGAACAGAUCAGAGAAGGAACUCUCUCUGAUCCAGUGCUCAGCUCUGGCCUACAUGCUGCAGAUGUCAGAGGAGGUUCUGGAUGAGUUGGACCUGAACCAGUACAACACAUCACUGGAGGGACGACGGAGACUGAUUCCAGCUGUGAGGAACUGCAGAACGGCUCAACUUUCUGACUGUCGACUCACAAAGACUCACUGUGAAGUUGUGGCCUCAGCUCUGAAAUCCAACCCGUCACAUGUGACACAUCUGGACCUGAGUCACAACAACCUGCAGGACUCAGUGAAGGUUCUGUGUGCUGGACUGGAGAGUCCUCACUGUCGACUGGAGACUCUGAGAUUGAGUUGGUGCAAUUUGUCAGAGAUCAGCUGUGAUUCUGUGGGUUCAGCUCUGGAGUCCAACCCGUCACAUCUGACAGAACUGGACCUGAGCUGGAACGAGCUGCAGGAUUCAGGAAUGAAGCAUCUUUGUGGUUUUCUGGAGAGUCGUCACUGUCGACUGGAGACUCUGAGAUUGAUGAGCUGCAGUUUGUCAGAGAUCAGCUGUGAUUCUCUGGGUUCAGCUCUUAAGUCCAACCCGUCACAUCUGAAAGAACUGGACCUGAGCUGGAACGAGCUGCAGGAUUCAGGAGUGAAGCAUCUCUGUCGUUUUCUGGAGAGUCGUGACUGUCGACUGGAGACUCUGAGAUUGAGUCGCUGCAGUUUGUCAGAGAUCAGCUGUGAUUCUCUGGGUUCAGCUUUGAAGUCCAACCCGUCACAUCUGAAACAUCUGAACCUGAGUCAUAACAAGCUGCAGGAUUCAGGAGUGAAGCAUCUGUGUCGUUUUCUGGAGAGUCGUGACUGUCGACUGGGGACUCUGAGAUUGACUUGGUGCAGUUUGUCAGAGAUCAGCUGUGAUUCUCUGGGUUCAGCUCUGAAGUCCAACCCGUCACAUCUGAAACAUCUGGACCUGAGUGACAACAAGCUGCAGGAUUCAGGAGUGAAGCAUCUGUGUCGUUGUCUGGAGAGUCGUGACUGUCAACUGGAGACUGUGAGAUUGCAUUACUGCAGUUUGUCAGAGAUCAGCUGGUGUUAUCUGGGCGUAGCUCUGAAGUGCAACCCGUCACUUCUGACACAACUGGACCUGAGAGGAAACGUCCGAGAUCGAUAUUCAGUGCGUCUUUGUUACCAGGAGCAGUGUCCAUACUGUGGACCGUUGACUCUAAGGUGCAUUUGGUGAUGAAUUUGAUGUAGAAGCAGCAGCAGUGUGUGUGUAGAGGUUCUGACUGGUUUAUGUUACUGGGAGCAGAGCUUCAUCCACAAGUAACUGACAGAGGAACCAGAACCAGUGGAAACAACUCUGUGUCAACUGAUCUGAAACCAGCUGCUCUGUGUUCAAUCCACCAGGAUCAUGUGGGAAAAAAGUGUGUAGUGCAGUAGUUACAGUGGAUAUCGAGAACAGUGACAUGUAGUAUUUGAAUACAACUUGAAUAUUUCUGCUUUUUAACAUCCUUCAUUUAGGACCAAGGAUAAAAAGCCAUUGUUUCAUAUAAUGAACUAAUUUCCAAACCAAUCUGGCAGAAUCCAGAAUGUGGGGUCUCGUUCUGGGUGGACUCUUCCAAUCAUUGGUUCUGUUUCCUCGUCCCCUUCCUCGUUUGUGCUGUGAAUAUCAUAGAUGGAUUGUGGGAAGUUGAGGCCCAGUUUCUGGUCAUGUAGUGUCACUGCUGCCUGUCGCCACCAGAGGGCGCCAUAUGCACAACUCUGUCCACAAUCCAUAAUGCAAUAAACUUAUUUUAUUUCUG